AACGCUUAACGGAACGCUAAGAAAGAAGACGAAGAGUGUGGUGUGGAGUGUGAACACCAACCAAGUUACAAGUUUUUGUAAAAGUCCAGUCAACACCUCAACAAUGGUCACACCAGCAGCUUCAAGAUUUGCUAUUUUGCCUAUAGAUGAUGAUGGCGAUACUUCUAGACGGAUCACAGCAAAAAUGAUCAAGAAAAACGAACAAUUUAAGACCCAAAACAACACAGGCAUUAAAAAGCCGGAACAGGCAAAAAAGAAACAAACUGGAAAGAAAAACCAGGAUUCUCAGGGAAGUACAGCCAAUAAAGCAAAGCCAAAGAGCGAGAACAAGAAAAAAAAACCAGAGGAUCAAUGGCAACAAUGGAAGGAAAAAGAUGCGCAGUUUGUUGAUUGCCACUACGAAAACGAGUUACAACAAGCAAUUCUUCAGUCAAAACUGGAUUAUGAAGAAAACAAGGAACAUUAUGACCAGAUGAAGAAAGCUGCCGAGGAAGAGAAGAAGGCGACGGGCUCAAAGAAAAAUAAAAAAUCAAAUAAAGCCCAACCCAUGAGUUUGAGCCAGUUUAAUCAACUCGGUGUUGAAAAUCAGGUUGAGGAGGCUGGACCAGCCGGUGAUCAUCUUGUAAACGGAAAUCAAAAUCCUGAUCCAGAAUUUUUCAAUAGAAUAAAGUCAGAGGCAAAAAAAGCCUUGCAAACAGAAAAAGCUGAAGAAGAAAGAAAGGCUAGACAGCCUCUAAUUGAUGAAAUAAUUUCCGCUAAUCAGUUCAAAGACCGAUUGGAAAAGUGUCAAGAGGAAAUAGAAAGACUGAAAAACGAGAAUAGCAGUUUACAUGAUGAGCUGAUGAAUGUUAAAAAUAGAAAUAAAAAGCUAUGUCAACUUCUACUGCAAGGAGAGAUGAAGGACAAGGCAGAAGUAUUGGUAGAGGUGCAUGAUCUAGAGAGGGUGAAGAAUGAGCUGUCCAAUGAAGUAUCAAGACUGGUAGCUCUGCUGGAGCAGGAGAAGAGCAAAGUCAGAGAGUUGAUGGAAUCCAAGACCAAGCCGGUGAACAAGAAGAACGUACGUUUCAAUGCCGCUUCUGAAACUACAAGAAGCAAAUGAUUAAAAAUGUUAG